GUUGAAAUCUGUGAUUAGCACCAGAUAAUGGUUUUAUGUUUACAAACGUACCAUCUUUCCCCGACGCACCUCGACUCCUUUAUUCCCAUUGAACUCCUGCAAAAUAUUUCCUCCUGCUCAGAAUGAUAGACUUACCCUCUCUUGGAAGUUCGCUAACACCUCCCGGCCAAGACUGGACAGCGUCCCGGCUUGGGUCCCUGAAUACCUACCAAUUACUGCUCUCUAAACUUGAGCAUAGGCUUAACUGCACAAUGAAAAAUACAUCGGACGCAGGCCAUGCACCCCAAACUCCAGGGUCUCGCACAUCGAAAAGGACGAAGAGGUUGGAAGCUGUGCCGGGAACUGCAACCCUGUCUAGCGGACUAACACCACAUAUCUCGCGGACUCGACUUAUCGCAUCCAGUCCUACCAUAUCGACCGGUGCAGAGGCCACAAGACAUGACGUUCCCAGGGGCAAACACCGCCGUCAUACAACCCCUUAUCCACAGGCAAGCAGCAGGAAGCGAAAGUUGGGCGAGCCAUCAUCAUCCUCCCCAACACAGGACGUUCGGUCGUGGCAGUUCAUACCGUUUAAUGACAUCAUUGACCCUAGGACGAGACGGCGCAUUGGCCGAUCGGGGUUUAGUGAGGAGAUGAAUGCGAUCGAGGAGAGGCGGAGACUCCAGAGAAAGCUCGAGAAGGAAAAGGAUGACGAAUUGAGAAUGCUAAGGGAUGAGUUGGAUCGACUGAGAAACGAGAGAGUUGAUAUAAGUGAUAUGACUGGCGGCGGGCUGCUGGCCGCAGAAGGCACCGUUGUCCCGCUGGCUGCCUUCGAAAGUGAUGAUGACAUGGGUUGCAAUGCGGUCGCCGAUGCGUUUGAGUCCGUUGGAGAUUGUGUUCCUGAUAUUCCUUGCGUUCCGGUUUUGAUAGACGCUGGUACGCAAGUGUCGUUUCACAGCUGUCGUGGGGAGGUCCAGUCAUUGAAGGAGGAUCUUGAGCGAAGGAAGGUGGAACGACGGAACCUUUUUCGGGAAUGGCAGGGCGUGAUGAAGCCCACUGACCAGAGUGGUGAACGAAACGACAUAGAAACCACGCUUUCUACGCCACCUCCAGACCUAGCCGUGCAGGUCAUUGCUAGUUUGCGCGACGCCACCACCCGCGCUUCUGAGGCCGCCAAAACCGUCGAAACUGUUCAGAAGGAGCUUUCUGAUCAUGGGUUUGAUGGCAUCGAUGCCAUGGAGGUCAUCACCAACAUCGGCGCCCGAUUCCGUCACGCUAGAAUAGAACUUGAACGAGCGGUACCCGGUGAAACACCAAACGCCAACCUGUCAAACUGGAGCGCAACCAUUGAUGCCUUGGUGGAACGAAUAGCUCGGCUCGUCGCAGACCUCAAGAAAGCACAGGCACAGAUUACCGGCUACCAAGAGCGCGAGACUGCACUGCGUCGGCAGUUCGACACAGCUUUACUUCGCUUUGAGGAAGCUUCCAAAAAGAAUGAAAGUCUAGAAAGGUAUACCGAAACCGUUGCCGAAGAUAUGCUGAACGCACGAAUGAAGCUUCAAAGCCUCGGGAAAGAGCUCCAGGACCAUGCGAUCGACAAGAAUCGCCUUGCGGCGGCCUUGGAGGAUUAUAUGGCUGAUGUUAAAAUGCUGGAGCGGCUAAACGCAAAAUUAGAAGAUGAGAUCGCUGCCUCGAAGAGACAAGUCGAGGAUCUAGAAAUAGAAAACACCAAACUGGACGAGAAAAAUGAGCUGACGAAGGCAAGGAUUGCGAGUCUAGAAAAGAACUUGUCACAUGAGCAGGAUCUCUGCGAGGCAAUGCAGAGUACUCUCGAACAAUGUGACGGAGAGAUAUCGAAUCUCAGAGAACGGAUACAACAGCUCGAGACUGAGCAUGAGCUUGUCGAGUCUACGCUGAGAGAAGCGAAUGCAAAAGAGUCCGAGAAGCAUGAGAAGGAAGUUGGGUCUCUGAAUGUCCGCCUGUCAUCAAUAUCAACCGCUCUUGAUAGCGCGAGGCUCGAGAACGAGAGGCUCGAGCAGCAGAAGAGACAGCUGGAGCGGCGGCUCGCCGAUUUCCAAGGCCUAUUUUCCAUGGAAAGUAUCCAAGCAGCACAAGAGAAAGCGCGCGAGACCCUCAAGGCCUUUGAGCAAUGGCAGAAAGGAAUUGAGUCAUUGGACGACACCUCACGCAAAGACGAGCUCACUAAUGAACAAGCCCACAGCUUCUGUACGAAUGGAAGCGAACCAAUCACUCCGGCGGCAGAAUCCCGGUUCAAGAACGUGGAGGUAGGCCGGGGAAAGAAGAGAAAAAGAAAUAUGGGCGGUCAGUUUCACGCCGUAAGGGAAGAAGAGGAAUGGUCAGACGGAGACCCGCUGUAGAUUCUGGAGGUUACCAGCAGGUCAUGCAAUCAGGGCUAUUCAAGAGUUUGACUAGCCCGCCUACCAUCAACUUUCCUUUUGUUGUCUCCCUUCCUUUUAGAUAUAUUUUCGGAGUAUGUUGACUCCGAGCCUGUAGCAUGUAACUCUUGGUGUUUGGGGGGAGAGGGGCUCGUUGGAAAGCGACUGCUAACUCGAAACAAUACGCAUC